AUGGAUGUAGCCUACGACCACAUCCAGGAGGAGAUCUUCUCCUCCAACGACCCCACCAAGAAAGAAAACAACAGCAAGAACAAUAACAACCCCUCCGAUGCACCCGCCACCAACUCAGACCGCCCCAACGUCGACCUGAACGCCGAACUGCAGGAAACCUUCCGCGCUUUCUCCGCAAGUCCCUGGGGUGCACGCAUCGGUGGACUCUGGGACAAUGUUCGCAAACAAGGCGAAAGCUACUACGAAGGAGCUCGCCAGGAAUACGCCGCCGCCAGCGAAGAAGCCGCCAAGGGGUUCUCGGAUCUGAAGAGUAGUAUCGUCGGGCGCACGCGGGGGUUGUCCCUGAGCACGGCUUUCAACAAUAAUAUCAUCGGCGCUGGUACCAGUACUACGACUGAACAGGAGACGGAAACAUCGUCAUCUACGCCUAAGAAUGAGACCGGAGAGAAGGAGAAGGCUGGACCUUCUGCCAGCUCGGAUAACAAUAAUGAGGGGUUCCUCUCGCGGUUCAAGGCCGAGGCCGCCCGCCGACUCAAAGAGAUCGAGAAGGCUGAGGAAGCAGCCGACGAAGCUAUCCUGCGCUUUGGGAUGAAUAUCGGACAGAAGUUGAAGGAUGCGGUCAGCAUUGUGCCGCCGUCUACGGACUCGUCGUCGGACAAGCUUCUAUUUGAGAGUAAGGAUGCAGACGGGAAGCGGGUUAUUCAUGCUACGCGGUUCGAGGCGCAGCUUCAUGUCAUUCAUUCGAACUUGGAGAGUUUCUCGAAAGACCCCGUGAGUGAGGAGUGGCCUACUUUCAAGCAGUCUUUCAACGUGGACAAUAAGACGGAUGCUAUUGCCGCCGACUUGGAGAAGUAUCCGGAGCUGCGCUCCGCUAUGGAGAAGCUUGUCCCGGAGAAGGUGGAAUACGCGGUCUUCUGGUGUCGUUACUACUUCUUGCGUUUGGUUAUUGAAACCGAGGAGCAGAAGCGGAAGGAGCUUCUCAAGGAUGUCAACGUCGACGAGGAAGAAGUCAAGUGGGACGAUGAUUCCGAUGACGACACCGACUCUCCCUCUACGCCUCAAGUCCAGCAGUCUACGGCGACCACCAAGGCUACCACUGCCACCCCUACUGCCACUUCUACCGAGAAGGAUACCCUGAAGCCCACGGAACCCCGCCGGUCCAACGACCAACAGUCCCAGCCCGACAGCGAAUCCAGCUACGACCUCGUCAGCGGUGCGACCAGCCGCACUCCUGCCAGCCCCAAGGAGAAGGCCAAGGAUGAGGAAAGCGAUGACGACUGGGAGUAA